CAUCUUGUUGCUAGAUCGUGCAAGCGGAAGCAAUAUUGUACUGUAUCUCCGGCGGAGGACGAGCGGGUGUGGUUCGGACUUACGCGGCUGAUUCCCUGCAAUUUUACCCAAGCUAAAGGAGAUUUUUCCCCCCUAACAGGAACAACGGAGGUGCCACUGGAUUCUGAUACAUCUGCUGUGCGGGCCGAGGGCAGGCGAGAACAAUGGCUACCCAGUCUGAUUUGAUGGAGUUGGACAUGGCAAUGGGAGACAGUAAGGCUGCAGUGAGCCAGUGGCAGCAGCAGUCCUACCUGGAUUCAGGCAUUCAAUCUGGAGUCACCACCACAGCGCCAUCUUUGAGUGGCAAAGGAAACCCUGAUGUUGAGGAGGAUGAUCCAACUUUGUACGACUGGGAGUUCAACCAGCCAUUCACUCCUGAGACUACAGACAUUGAAGGCUACGCCAUGACUCGGGCCCAGCGGGUGCGUGCUGCCAUGUUCCCUGAAACCUUGGAGGAAGGCAUCCAGAUUCCUCCUACCCAGCUUGAUGCAGCUCAUCCCACUGCGGUGCAGCGGCUGGCAGAACCCUCUCAGAUGCUGAAGCAUGCUGUGGUCAACCUCAUUAACUACCAGGAUGACGCUGAGCUGGCCACCCGUGCCAUCCCUGAGCUGACAAAACUGCUUAACGAUGAGGACCAGGUUGUGGUGAACAAGGCGGCUGUCAUGGUGCAUCAGCUGUCAAAGAAGGAGGCCUCUCGCCACGCACUGAUGCGCUCACCUCAAAUGGUUUCAGCGGUUGUUCGAGCCAUGCAAAAUACCGGUGAUGUAGAGACUGCUCGCUGCUCAGCUGGAACCUUGCAUAACCUUUCCCACCACCGUGAGGGACUCCUUGCCAUCUUUAAGUCUGGAGGGAUCCCUGCCCUGGUCAAGAUGUUGGGCUCGCCAGUGGACAGUGUGUUGUUCUAUGCCAUCACCACACUCCAUAACCUCCUGUUGCACCAGGAAGGAGCCAAGAUGGCAGUUCGCCUGGCUGGAGGACUGCAGAAGAUGGUGGCUCUAUUGUCAAACACAAAUGUCAAAUUCCUUGCCAUCACUACUGAUUGCCUCCAGAUUCUGGCUUAUGGCAACCAGGAAAGCAAGUUGAUUAUUUUGGCCAGUGGUGGUCCACAAGCUCUGGUCAACAUCAUGAGGACCUUCACUUAUGAGAAACUGUUAUGGACCACAAGCAGAGUACUCAAGGUCCUCUCUGUUUGCUCCAGCAAUAAACCUGCAAUCGUUGAAGCUGGAGGCAUGCAGGCCUUGGGCCUCCAUCUGACUGACCCCAGCCAGCGUCUGGUCCAGAACUGUCUCUGGACUCUGAGAAACCUUUCAGAUGCUGCCACUAAGCAGGAGGGAAUGGAGGGUCUAUUGGGGACCCUGGUCCAACUGCUGGGAAGCGAUGACAUCAAUGUAGUGACCUGUGCUGCCGGCAUCCUCUCAAACCUGACCUGCAAUAAUUACAGUAACAAACUUAUGGUCUGCCAGGUCGGAGGCAUUGAGGCCCUCGUGAGAACAGUACUUAGGGCAGGUGACAGAGAGGACAUCACAGAGCCAGCAGUCUGUGCCCUGCGUCACCUCACCUCCCGCCACCAGGAUGCAGAGAUGGCCCAGAAUGCUGUGCGCCUUCACUAUGGCCUGCCUGUGGUGGUCAAACUCCUACAUCCACCAUCUCACUGGCCACUCAUCAAGGCUACCGUCGGUCUGAUUCGUAAUCUGGCCCUUUGCCCAGCCAACCACAGCGCUCUUCGGGAGCAGGGAGCCAUCCCCCGACUGGUCCAGCUGCUUGUCAGGGCUCACCAGGACACUCAGAGGCGCACCAGCAUGGGAGGCAACCAACAGCAGUUUGUGGAAGGGGUGCGUAUGGAAGAAAUAGUUGAAGGAUGCACAGGAGCGCUGCACAUCCUGGCACGGGACGUCCAUAACAGAAUUGUCAUCAGAGGACUUAACACCAUUCCACUCUUUGUCCAGUUGCUAUAUUCUCCAGUGGAGAACAUCCAGCGUGUGGCGGCUGGUGUGUUGUGUGAGUUGGCUCAGGACAAAGAGGCUGCCGAGGCCAUCGAAGCUGAGGGAGCCACCGCACCGCUGACAGAACUCCUUCACUCUCGCAAUGAGGGUGUUGCCACCUAUGCUGCAGCAGUACUGUUCCGCAUGUCUGAAGACAAGCCCCAGGACUACAAGAAACGUCUGUCUGUGGAGCUGACCAGCUCUUUAUUCAGAACUGAGCCCCUUGCCUGGAAUGAGACUGGAGAUCUUGGACUGGAUAUGGGGGCUCAGGGAGACCCUCUGGCAUACAGACAGGAUGAUGGAGCAUACCGCGCCUACCCAGCAGGCUAUGGUCAAGACACCCUGCUGGACCCCAUGAUGGAGGGGGCUGACUACCACGCCGACACUCUGCCCGACCUGGGCCACCACACUGAUCCUCUGCCAGACCUCGGUCACAGCCAGGACCUGAUGGACAGCAACCAGCUGGCCUGGUUUGACACCGACCUGUAGGAUUGUUGUGUUCUGAUAGAGCCUGCAUUGUGAAGGUAUAGAUUGGCAUAAGGGGUCUUGGAAAGUGCCUGACACAAGAAAACAAAGAAGAUGGUUGCCAUGGGAAUGUUUAAGCAAGUUGAAAAGGGGGGGAGGGGGGGUUGGGAAGGGCGGUUGAAGUAUCUGUGAGGGAUGUGGAAUCACAUGACAGAGGGCUGGGGCAGGUUACCUGUUAGGAUGAGUGCACACGCGUUGGAUCUUUUCAAAGUUGGUAACACAUGUUUUAGCCUUGCCUGUAUUUUCCUUAUUUGGUUCUACUUUUUGUAUUCUAUUUUUUUAUUUUUUUGUAUUACUCAUUCUCUGUUAUGGUACUGACCCAGCUUGCCUUCACACUAGCCAUCAUCAUUUUGUCUUCAAUGCUAACAAACUGUAAUUAAAAAAAAAACAACAACAAAAAACGUAUAUUACAUGUAGUGUUAAGUUAUAGUGAUAUUAUACAAUGUUUCUUUGGCCGAAUGUGUAGAACACUAAUAAUCAGUUGUACUCGGACUUAAAAUGUAACAUUGUGUAGUUUUUUUUUUUUUUAUAUUAUCUCAAAAAAGGAGAAUUAUACAUUCUUAAGUGCUUCUUGAAGCCUAAACUGUCAGUGUCACACACACGCAUUCUAAAGAGGUUCAAUGUUGGUUGGGGGAUAAAUCUGGAAAAGUGUUUUCUAUACAGUUACUGGUAGGUUACUAUUUUGUAUGCUAUCAUUGAGUGUCUGAUAGAAAAGUCACCAUCGUUGGUGGCGUGAUUAAAAAAAAUCCACUCAUAUGUGCUAUGAGAGGUAGCCAGGUUGAUGACCUAGUUCUAGUCCUGCUGUGCUUAUUUUGGAGAGGAGCUUGUGACACGGCUGAACAAUAAAAUCAUUUUAUUUCA